AUGAGCACCGUUAAGAGACGUGGAAGACCGGCACGACGCCGCGGAACCGGCACGGCGCGCGGCAGCGGCCGACGACGUCGGGGUUCAAGCGGUUCUCGAGUGUAUUCCCGCCAAAGCGCCGAGCGCUGGCUAGCGUCACUGCUUCCGCCGGCUACAAGCACGUCAGAGCUCUUCGAUCACGUACCCGAACAACUGGACCUCAAGCCGGACGUCAAGACGCACGUUAUUUGUGGCAACGUCGUGCAGGAGUCCUCCGCACCGUUCGAAUGCGGACUGAGAGCACGACGACUCGCUGCGGAGCCCGGACAAAGCGCGCGCGACGCCAGCCCGGCCAGCCCGCGACAGGAGCCGUCUGUCGUCGACCGGGAUCCUCGCACGGCAUUUGACAGCCGCAAGGUGACGCCGUUGCGGGUAUCCGUCGUCACACGCGCUCGUCGCCACGAGCCGGCGACUACCGCCGCUACGUCGAGUCAACGGAGGCGUUGGUCGAGUACGCCGAGUGGUGUGGCUAAGCCUAAUCUCUCAGUGACGCAGACGCCACCACCGCCGCCACUUUUGGCACCGUGCGUGGCUAGCGCGAAGCUCAACCCGGCUUCCAUCGUGGUAUGCGUGUGCGGAGGUCACCAGCCGACCGCCGCUUCCCGUCGCAACUACGAUCCGAACCGCAGCUUCUCAACCACGAACCAGGACAACCAGGCGCCCAACGAGUGUACGCGCUCCGCAUCCGAAGCUACAGCCCACGACGACGCGCCCAUGAGAGAAGUGAGCGACGCACUGGCGGCUUCCUCGCCGUCUCCGCGCCCGUGCUGUCCGUGCCUUGGCCAGCGUACGAUCGCGUACCUCGACCGCCUGUCUGAAGUCGCAUCGCAGGCCGCUACGCCUGGGCCGAGUAUGCCUGCACAGGCUCCCAUGCAGGAGACAGCCUCGGCGAAGGACUGGACGGUCGAAGACGUUGUGCGGUACGUCAAAAGGAUCCCGAGGUGUGCCUGGCACGCUGAGAAGUUUCGCGAGGAGGAAGUCGACGGUCGAGCCUUGCUUCUUCUCGGAAUUAGACACCUGACGGUCCAUAUGGGCCUCCCAGUUGGUCCGGCAGUGAAGAUCUUGCACGCCAUACGUGAACUGCGCAAGUGCCAGCGCCCGAAUUAG